AGCUACACGCGACUUCCUUAAUACUAUUUCUUUAAUUAAUAUAUUUUAUUUUCUACUUACACUCUUACUCAUAUUCCAAUUUCAAAUCCGUGAAAUUCCAUUUAUAAGUUCUUCUCCAGAUUCUCUCUCAGCCUGAUCCUUUGCCGAUAGGAAACUCUAGCGUUUCAAUGGCGCUUAGAACUGCUAUGAGAUAUGUAUCUCGCCGGCUCUCAAGCAAUGGCCGAGUACUGAGUGAGGAGGAAAAAGCUGCAGAAAAUGUCUACAUCAAGAAAAAGGAGCAAGAGAAGUUGGAGAAACUUGCUCGUGAGGGCCCAAAACAAGAAAAAACACCUGCAACAGGCUCAGGAGGCUCGGGUUCAGUAUCUGAUGCCAAACAAAGUGGCCAGACCUCUUCGACACCCAAAGUGUCGACUGACAACUAUAGAAACUAUGCCGUUGUAGCCGGUAUUGCAACUGCUUUGGCUGCUUUUGGAUGGUAUUAUGGAUCGAAGAAGAAGGAAUCUGACCAAGUGCAAGAUUGAGUCAAUUUCUUGAAAUAAAACUUAUUUAUGAAGCAACACCAUGUUUCUGUUGCAUUUUCCUUUUGUUUAUGUCACGAAUCUUUCUUUGGCCAAGCUUGUUAUAAACUAGAUUCAUGUCUGAUGCAAGUGUUAUGCCUAAUUCAAUCAACUUUGGAUAUGAACACUUUUAAUAUAUAAUUGAUACAUUUUAUUUGUGGCA